AUGGAGUCGUGGUCGUGGCCCGAGUUCCAAUGCGUCGAGCACAACUCGUGCGGCGGGGCGCAGCAGUCUCCAGUGAACAUCGAGACGCUGAGCGUGGUGCAGGACAUCGGCAUGAAGCCGCUCCAGUUCUACGCCCACGACGUCCCGCUCCGCAACUUCACGGUGCACAACGACGGCCUGUCACUGACCCUCCGGCCUUCGCCAGCGGACAAGACCAAGAGGACAGUGCGGGGCGGUCAUCUGCAGGGCACCUUCGAGUUCAGGCAUGCGCUGUUUCACUGGGGUUCCACCUCAUCGCAGGGCUCCGAACACCGCCUCGACGGCACCGCAUACCCCAUGGAGGCACAGCUGGUGUACACAAACGAGAAGUACGCCAACGUAGAUGAGCCGGACCAGACGGACAGGAUUGCCAUUAUCUCAACGCUCUAUCAGCUGACGUUCGUGAACUUCGAUUCGGUGAGGGCGAUGCGCGGCGUGCUGGACGCGCUCGAGUCCGAGGCGCCGUCCCGGCGACGCCGCCGUUCGCUCCGCCGCUUGCUUCCGUGGAUGGUGCGCCGGCUGACGGGCUCCGGGUCCAGCGCGGCCAAGGGUGCGUCGUUCCCGCUGACGCUGAACAGCCUGAUGCCUCCAGCGGACCUGCAGGAGUUCUACACUUACCGCGGCUCGCUAACCACUCCCCCCUGCACGGAGUCCGUGCGUUGGACUGUAUUCAGAAAGAAUGCGUUCAUCUCCGAGGCGCUGGUAAGCACACCGCCACAACGGAGAGUUGUUGUGUAUGCAGUCAUGGAGUUUUAUAAUGGCCGUGAACACGGGAACACGCUUCGCUUCGAUACAGACAGAGCAUUCUAACGGGCUUACUGUCACACUAUCUGGUAAAAGUAAGAUUAGCUGUGCCCAGAAAAAAGAAAUUAAAAAAGAAAUAAAAUCUGUGCGUUUGGAACACAUGCCGAUGUCGCCAGCUCGAAUGAAAAUAUAUAAUUUCACCCUUGAAAAUUUCGGGCAAUCGUAUCGCAUGUUAUCUAGCUUAUUUCCGUGUUACCUCUAUGCAAAAAAAAAAAAAGAGGAAUCUGAGCAGACCUAUAGCAUUUCUCAUGGGUUUUGAAUGCGAAAGCACUAAUGUCCAGUUAAAGGCUGCUAGGCGGUCCUUCGGGUUAUGAACUCCUCGCGGGCAAGCGAGUGCAUUGAGACGCUUCGCGCGUUUUGUUUUGGCCUUACCGAGGCGCCGCUAGAACGCAGUCGGGAGCUUGCGCGGACAAGGAACGCGCGGAUAAAACAGGCUUCCGAGAGCGAGAGCGCGGUUGACGUGGCGUCGCGGCGAUGCG